GCGCACCCGCUCGCGAGCCCAGCCUGGCUCUGCUCCCUCGCCCGGCGACACGGCCAACGCGCUGGCCCCGCCCCCGGGGCGCGCGGCCUAUAAAUACAGCUGCGCGGCAGGCCGUGCGAGAGCGUAGCGGAGGCGCGGUUGUGAGUCGGUUCCCGGAGCGGGGAAACCUUGGGGUCGAAGGAGCGCAGCGGCGGGGGUCGGGUUUGGGGUCCGAAGGGAGUGACUAGGGAACCCGGUGGGCUGCUUUCUUUCCGGUGCUUUUGAUUUUUCUUGCCUUUUGGUCUCGGCCGAGUGUCGCCCAUUGAGCAGAGAUCCCCUCGCAAAACCCGGAGCGACCCUCCCGUCAAUUGUUGGGCGCGGAAUCGCCGGGAGCUUCGCGGUGCCCCGAGCGCUGACCGAGCGCGCGGGACGCGAAGGCAAGGGGAGCGGAGCCGGUCGCGGGCGGGGGCCUGGAGCUUGCCUGCCUCCCUCGCUCGCCCCACCGGGUCCGCUCGCGUAGGGCGCGCGCGAUGAAGGCGGUGAGCCCGGUGCGCCCCUCGGGCCGUAAGGCGCCGUCGGGCUGCGGCGGCGGGGAGCUGGCGCUGCGCUGCCUGGCCGAGCACGGCCACAGCCUGGGCGGCUCGGCGGCCGCGGCGGCCGCGGCGGCGGCAGCGCGCUGCAAGGCGGCCGAGGCGGCGGCCGACGAGCCGGCGCUUUGCCUGCAGUGCGAUAUGAACGACUGCUACAGCCGCCUGCGGAGGCUGGUGCCCACCAUCCCACCCAACAAGAAAGUGAGCAAAGUGGAGAUCCUGCAGCACGUUAUCGACUACAUUCUGGACCUGCAGCUGGCGCUGGAGACGCACCCGGCUCUGCUGAGGCAGCCGGCGCCGCCGGCGCCGCCGCACCACCCGGCCGGGACCUGUCCGGCCGCGCCGCCGCGGACCCCGCUCACGGCGCUCAACACCGACCCGGCCGGCGCGGUGAACAAGCAGGGCGACAGCAUUCUGUGCCGCUGAGCUUAGCUAUCCAGGUGUGCGGCCGCCUGAGCCCGAGCCAGGAGCGCAAGAAAGGGAGGGGGAAGAGUAGAAGUUAGAGAAAAAGCCACCGGAGGAAAGGAAAAAAACAUCAGCAAAUCCUAGAAACGUUUCACUCGUCAUUCCAAGAGAGAGAGGGAAGAAAAAUAAAACUUUCAUCCUUUUUUUUUUUUGCACGUUCAUAAACAUUCUACAUACGUAUUCUCUUCUGUUUCGUUUAUAACCGCUGUAAAUUGUACAUUUUUGUGUUUUUUGGAGGUGCAGUUAAACUUUUUAAGCUUAAGUGUGACAGGACUGAUAAAAGAUAAAGAGCAAAUCCGACUUUUAGAAACCUACUUUGUGACCAAGGAGCUCAAUUUUUGUUUUGAAGCUUUACUAAUAUACCAGAGCAUUGUAGAUAUUUUUUUUUACAUCUAUUGUUUAAAAUAGAUGAUUAUAAGGGGGCAGGGAACUUUCUAUUCCCUGCAGGAAUGUUACAUAUUGUAUAGUUAACUGAGUGACAUUUCAUACCAUGUAUAUAUAGAGAUGUUCUAUAAGUGUGAGAAAGUAUAUGCUUUAAUAGACUACUGUAAUUAUAAGAUAUUUUUAAUUAAAUAUUUUUUUGUAAAUAUUAUGUGUGUGUUUUUUUUAAUCUAUGGGAAUAUUUCUUUAGGAAAAUUAUUUUCCAGCUCAGUUGAAGAGCUCUUGGUAUCUUGAAUGUCUUUUCUGUUUGGCCUGGCUUUUAAUUUGUUUUUGUUUUGCCCAGUGUCCUGUAGACUCGGAAGUAACAGUUAUAGCUAGUGGUCCUGCAUGACUGCAUGAGAUGUUUAAUCACAAAAUAAACUUGUUCUGAGUCCA